AUUGAUUACAUCCUUAACGCUACCACCACCCACAGAGAGCAACAUUUUAAUUGACAUAUUUUACCUGGUUUACAUUACCUGGAGUUGACAGUCGAUUGUGUAUUGAGAAGUUAAAGGCGUGAUAAGGCUAGAUCACACAGGUAUAGACGAUCGAGAAAUUGACGGGUGGAGGUUAUCAGAGUGAUAAAGCAUAGGCCUCCUUGAUCUUUAACCGGGCCUCGGUGAUAAAGUCACCGCCUGUAUAUAGGAGGAGACAAUCUCAACAUGACCUCAGACAGUACAGAGAUUGGGAAACGGAAGACACACAGCGCUGAGAGCAAACCAACACAGCCGCCUAUACAUAAAUACAUCUCGCCAGCGGAGUUCAAAAUGAGGGUACUCCGGAAACUUACCUCUGUCGACAAUGGCAAGGACAACAAGUCACUGACCAAUUUUCAGCGACAGGACAGUGACAGAACUCUGAAGGCUUCUAUAGUGUUUCCCAAUGGAGAUGUCGGUACACUUAUAUCAUAUGAAAAGAUGGACAGUACCAAACCGGUCGUUGUCGAACGCGAGUUACCAAACAUUGAUACCGAACUUGAAGUCAGAGCGACUACUCGCCGACAGGAGCGGCCAUUGAGGCUGCCACCCAUCAUGCUGCCACCCAUAUAUUCCACCAAACCUCUUCCUAUGUUAACACGUGACUUUAGUUUGCCAGUAGAACCCCCUACCCCUUUAUCGGACGAUGAUUGGGAUGAGCUUCAGGAUUGUCGAUAUUUACGCCUUUACUCCCCCCGGAAGUACAGGUCCAAUUCCAUACCUGCCUAAAGUUAUUUCACAGCAGUAACUGACAAUGCCUCUAAAGUUGUUUCACGAUCUCCGGAAACGGGCCAAACGGUUAAAAUCAACGACAUUCUUUUGACCACGCUUACGGAGAAGAUGAGUAUGGAGGUAACACUGUGGUUACCAUAGGAACAGAAAACGAUUGCAUACCAUUUGGUUGCCAUGUGAAUAAGAAUGGCUACCUUGGUUAUCAGAUAGUGGACUGAGAUGAGUUCUACCAUCCUGACUGAACGAGGAAUUAAGUGCCUUAAACUUGUUCAUGAAAUACAGAUUUGUAUGGUGCUAAGUGAUAAUAGCUUUACCUAUGUGUUGCCAUGGAAACGGACAUUUCUAAGUGAAUUGUCUCCCAUGCAUGGACAAGGUAAUACGUCAUUCACGCAUGCUUAUAGGGUUAGAGAAUACACGCUCUUUUCUUCAACAACGAUUUGCAUACAUGAACCGUCUUGGGAAAUGUGAAAUUUUGAAGGGAUCUUUUCAUCAAUCACACCAUACGUGGGCUAAAUGUAAUUGAACUCACUUUAAAUAGAAUCGUCUAUUGUGGCUCAUGAUUGUUUUUGAGGGUUGUGUUAUGUGAGUAUUUAUUUAAACCAGCAAACCAAAUCAAAUGUAGACAUGAGUCAAUAGGCGAUCUACGGUCUUAAAAGAUUCGGAGAAAGUGCUUCGUAACCUAAUGUUGUGCUU